CGACGAUGACAGAAGCAUCUCCUGCUAACGGAGAAGAAAAGGACCCCGACAUCGAGCUCUUUGUCAAGGCUGGCGUCGAUGGAGAAAGCCUUGGGAACUGCCCUUUCUCACAGCGUCUCUUCAUGAUUCUGUGGCUUAAAGGGGUUGUGUUCAAUGUCACCACAGUUGAUCUGAAAAGAAAGCCAGCGGAUUUACAUAACUUGGCUCCUGGCACCCACCCACCGUUUCUGACUUUUAAUGGAGAAGUCAAGACAGAUAUCAACAAAAUCGAGGAAUUCUUAGAGGAGACGCUUUCACCUCCAAAGUAUCCGAAACUGGUGGCCAAGCACCGCGAAUCCAACUCUGCAGGGAUCGAUAUCUUCUCCAAAUUCUCAGCAUAUAUCAAAAAUACCAAGCAACAGGACAAUGCCAGUCUGGAGAGAGGCUUAACCAAGGCCUUGAAGAAGUUGGAUGACUACCUGAGAAAUCCUUUGCCGGAAGAGAUAGAUGCAGGCAGCACGGAGGAGGAUAAGGUGUCCAAACGCAAGUUCCUGGACGGGGAUGAGCUGACCCUCGCGGACUGUAACCUGCUGCCCAAACUUCACGUUGUCAAGACUGUAACGAAGAAAUAUCGAAACUAUGAGUUCCCAGCAGAGAUGACGGGACUUUGGCGAUACCUGAAGAAUGCCUAUGCCCGGGAUGAAUUUAUCAAUACUUGUGCCGCUGACAAAGAAAUUGAAAUAGCAUAUGCAGAUGUAGCCAAACGGCUCAGCAGAUCCUAAUCAAAACCCAGAAGACCUGUUUCUCCAGAGGAUUCCCAUUUCAUAUUCUUCUUUGUGAGGCCUUCGAAUACAUCUAAUAUAAUGCAUAAUAUCAUAUAAUUACACUAUCUGGGUGGCAUCCUUAUGAUUUCUACUGCUCGCUUUUGACAGCUAGAAAUAUACAUGCCUCUUCCUAGA